AUGUCUGGCAUUCUCCAGGCCAUCAGCGUCAUCACCCCCCUCCCUCCCCAGCCCCUCUCCAGGGACUACGACGGCUUCCAGGUCUGCUGGAAGAUGUUCUGUUUCCGCCCCAGCGUAUUCACCUUUGAAGCCUGGGCGUUCGGUCUCCUGGGACUCUACCUCUUGGCUUAUGUUGCUGGCAAGGCUCUCAAUGUCAACAGAGCCAAGUCUACUAUCCAGCCAUACAUCACCCUCAUCCGCUCCCAAUUCUCCUCCACGCGCCCCCUCGUUCAUUCUUCCCCUGCCCUCCACCUCCUAUUUGCAACCGGUCGCCGCUCCGUACUCGCCUUGCACACCACCAUCUCCCUCUACCCCAUUCACGAUUUGCCCAUGUUCCUCUUUGGUCUCGGUAGGAGCUUUAUCGAGCCUACCUAUGUCUUUGAGGAGAAUGUCGUGUUUGACUUUACCAUCGGACACGGUGCUGAUGGUGUCUCUGAUGGCACUGGUGUCUUUGCUAUCGUCUCCAAGGAUGGUAUGAAGGACGUCAGGUCUAAGCGCUGGGAUUUGACUUUUACGAAGCUCGCCGAGACUUCUGCUGUCCCCAUCACCCAUGCUCUCUUCACCGAGCACUCUGACCUCACCGACCUCGUUCUCAAGACCCCCAACGUUGGUGUGUCUGACCUCUUGAAGGACUCUGAUUCUCUUUCCGUCUUGAAGUAUCUUCUCGUAUCCGACGUCGCUGCCGAACGCCCCGCCCGAGGCCCUAUCGCUCCCAAGUCCAAGUCCCGACACGUCAUCCUCUCUGUCCACAAGCCUUCUUCUCCCGCCCAGGUUGAGGCUGUCAAGGCUUGGGUACAGGUCGCCCUCAACUUGUCUGAUCUUUUGGCCAAGGGUCCUAGUGUCUUGUUCAAGCCUGACGUCGCCCGUAAACUGAUCAAGACUCGUCAAACCGUCGAUGCUUCCCUCCUCGCCGCAUACCAAAAGGAAAAGCUCCUCGACUCUGGCGAGCCCACCGCCGAAGAGACUGCCGAGGAAAAGAGGCUGGCAAAGAAGAAGGCCGAGAGGGCCAAGAUGUCUGAGAAGGAGUUGAAGAGGGCUGAAGAGUUGGACAAGAAGAGGGAGAUGAGAAAGCUGCAAAAGAAGCAGAUGUCCAAGUAA